CAAUAGCUUCCAUCACCUCAAGUAGUUGAAGGCUUUGGUGUUUGAAAUUUGAAAGAACUACCUCUCGUACUCGUUGACAAGAGCUGGCUUCUUAUUUAGUACAAGUACGAGGGACACCACCACCAGCUGCAACGUUGAAAUUUCAAAAAGGUGACAACAAAGAUGCGCCGUUCACAACUUCCAUUUCUACAUGUCUUGCGUUUGCGAGCAUGACAGGUCCUGGAGCUACGGUCGCAACCUCAACGGCGACCUUCCGUUAAGACUACUACUGAAGCAUCCGCAGCUCCAUCCUUGGCCUCUUUUUCAAGGUACUAAGGGGUCAGUGGUCAGGGAUGCUAAGCGGUAGCUCUAAUUUCGAUUUGAGGGCUCUACGUUGGCCCGAAAGUUCCGCAUAAGUCCUGAUGUCCCGCCUAUCUACGCAACUGGGCUGACGGCGGUUGUCUUGUCUGGUUGCAAGACGGAUGAGGAGAGCUCAUCGGUCGCCAUCAAGGUGGUCGACAAAGACAAGCUCAUAUCGUCGUGUCCUCCUAAUGGUAAGCACUCUACUGCGAUAGUCAUGCUCGUGAUGGCUGAGUGCAUGUUAGCUAUAGUCGUUAGCGAACAUGUAGCUAGAGUUUUUACCUCUAGCCUCAUCCUGAUCAUGAACCCGACUGCCUUAAAAACUACUAUACAUAGCUACGUACGACCUGUUACCUGAAAUAAAUCGAAAUCCUUUGAGGUGGGUCCGAGUUACCACGUGCACAGAUGGAGGCGCGAUUACACGAGGGCCUACCUCCGAGUCCCUACGUCGUUCCCCUCCUAGCCACAGAGGAGACAAGACAUGCGGUCAUCCUGGUCAUGCCAUUUUUCACAGCCGGAGACUUGUGGGGACUGAUUAGGUAUUUUUGAUGCGUGUGCAAGCUCAUUCUUGGAUACAUAUCAGAUCUGGCCUCCAGGGCUCAGGGUGAGGCGUCACCAGAGGAUAGCACGUACGACGUAAUGACUAGUAGUAAUAGAUAUAAAAUCGCCCUCCUUCUCUCUCUUCCUUCGCAACACAAAAGGUAGAUGAAACUCAGGUACGGCGACACCGUAUAUGAGCAAGAGACGAGGAAUUUUUUAGGGCAGGCGUUGAGGGGACUAGUUCUGCUUCAUGACCAGGUAGGCCUCGUGCAUGGCGACCUGAAGCCGCAUAAUUUGUUGCUCGACGUGGUGCCUUCUCCGUCAGGUAGCAGAACUCCUAUUGAUUUUAUGAUGGAAAGCAAAACACCAUAACAUAUAUUAUAAAGAGCGUAGGCUAUGGUUCCAACAACAAAACUUACAACAAGUCCCCCAGAUGAAGAUGGAGGCCCAUUCUUCUAAGUGCUCCGAUGUCAGCGAUGUCGAAGCGAAAAAGAGCAACCCUAGUUCUUCGACCGCCUGCUCAACAUCUGUUGGCUCUGGUCAUGGGAAAUACGUGGUAAAGCUCUGCGACUUUGGACUGUCAGAAAGGAUGCCCUGUUUUGUGCCUCCUUCGCCAGCAAAUCGGCCAAGGAGUCCUGCUUUGUCGACUGACAAAGUUCAAGUUGAGAAUACGGAAGUGUUGACUUGCGCCGAAGAUGACAAGACCAACGUAUUGAACCAGAUGAAUGACGACGGGCCGCUGAAAAGAAGCAAGAACGAUAGCACUAUGGAAGUAGAUGGCGGUGGAAUGUCGAAGAAAGGAUCAGAGCAGAUAGGCGGCGCCACUGCAUCAAAUAGUAUACCAGCCGACCGGAUCAGUCAGAAAGUAGGAGCCAGCAGCGGCGUUAGUUCAAAGACGAAAAACGACGACACAAAUCGCAGCACGAAAGGGGGGAGAUGGCAAGCUGCGAAUUAUGAACUGAAGAAACUUGAUAAUUAUGAGAAGAAGUAGAAUUAUGUAUGUACUACCAGGGAUGGAGCCCCCCCCUGUGGAUGGAACUUCUAUUUGUAACGCCGCUCCCCCUUUCUUGCCUUCUUACUUAGGAACGACAUUCCCUUCAACGAGUUGUAGUGGUUCUUCAUCUGUCCCCUCAUUGAUUUUUCUUCAGCAUGGUCGCUUGUCUAUCUAAUUCCCGACGUCCUGUCAAUGCGCCAUACCAUUCACGGGAUUGCGCGGAACCUCCGGCUACUUCUCGCCAGAAAUGCUAGGCGAGAGCGACUAUGGACCCGGAGUCGACGUUUUUGCACUAGGAAUUUGCGCGUUCCGAAUGAUAGCCGGAUAUGAGCCGUUUUUUAUGGUGAUGGAUGGAAAUACUGCCUAUAACCAUAAGUAAUUUUUUUAGCACGACAUGCUUGCAGCGUAGUGCUAAUAAAGCAUGUUCUUCACACUGGUAUAUUGCAGUGUGAAGAGGACGACUCAUUGCAGUGCGGAGGUGCUGGUGAAGGAUGAAGGCCCUGCCCCUUUUAUCGGACGCGCCGAGACGCGUCCGGAUUUGGGAAGCGAUCUUCUAGAUGAAAACGCAACCAAGUAGUAAUCCCAUAAAGGGGGCCGACGCGACAACCUUAUAAUUAUCUUGAGUUAAUACCUCCAUGAUCUCCAACAGUUACACUUGCCAACCAUCCCUUUCAUUUACCAUCCUCCUUCGAAUUUCGGUGACGGUGCAGUUUUUGAAGAGACCUAUUGGGCCCACGUAUCCGACGAGUGCAAGGGCCUCUUGAGCUUAUGGAAGAGGCAUGCUUUCCUCGUUUUCGAUCUGCUUUCUCACCCUUUAUCUAGUACCGUCUUCGCCUUUGUUCGGGAAAAAAAGCAUACUAGUUUACUCCGGGGGUGUACUAGCUGUGAGUGCUAUCUCGUUACGUUACAGCUACCUUUUGCUUUCUCGAACCACAAAAAUGCUUGCAGUGGAACCGAGGCAGCGUAUAACUGCUAGAGAAGCCCUUUCGCAUCCCUGGUUUUCCGUGGUAUUGGAUACCUCAAAAGCCGGACCCAAGUAUAUGGCACCGCCGAGCGAGAAUAUCAGGCACUACUAGACAUAAUAGUCUAGCUGACUUACACAUCAUAGAUGCGAGUAAUAAUCAGACCCAUUUUUGUAAAUGCUUGCUCUUGCAGUUGCUUUGUUGUAGACCGAUCGCGGAGUCAAAGAAUAACAAAUGGAGAACAUCGAGCAAACUCUAGUCAAUCACAAAGAUAUGCAGUAGUACAACGCUAGCUCUACUACAACAGGUUUCACGACCCGUUGGAGCUGCGGGACAUUCUCGGUGCUACGCCAGGCGCAGAGGACGUAGUGAUGGGAGGCUCCUCUGCGUAGCAUGACAUUGAUGCUGUUUUCAGUAAUCACGCACUUAGGGAUAAGUGUAAGUGCAUUGAUUUUGACCACGCAGCUGUGCAACUCGACCAAAUUCUUUUGUAUGAUUCAAGUAGUUCUAGUAAUUUUGGAAAAGUCUUAAUAUAGAUACUCUGUCACUAGUCUCCCCUUGAUGGUUGCAAUAUGUACAGCCUACACUACGUGGCGAACGACGCACCAGCUUCGCUUCAAGAAAAGCCCUCUUAUGGUGUUGGUUGGCUCCAUGUUCUCAUGUAUCUAGCUUCAUUUAAUGGGUAGGAUACUAAGAGAAAGAAUGGGGGAAGAAGUUGUUUUUAAGUAUCACACUGUGACGCCAAUACAGGUUAGCUUCGCCGACAUAUCCUUCAUCGUUAUCAGGUCGCGGAUAAAUUAAAUCAAAAUGAAAAUUUUUGUUCCCGCAUUCUAGUCGAGGGCUUCUUAUUUUGCUUAUCACAUAAAGACAAAGACCGCAGGUUUUUGUAGGAGUUCAUAGCGAAUUAUCCUCGCACAUGACCAAAGUACUUCUUUGGAAAAAUUCAUGUUUGGUCUACGUACAACUACUAAAAAUCGUACCAUUUUUGGAGAUUGAAAUUGGUUCUCGUGCUGUUGCACCGCCAGACUUGGUGUUGGUGGCCACUUUGAUAUAGAUGAGCGUGUGCACAGACAGAGAGGCCUGAAUGUUUGAAUUGAAUAGAAG